AUGCCGCAUAGCUCUCGGCAGCAUUCCGACUAUGCAUCAAAAGAGAAAAUUGAAAAACACGCUCGGUCUCGAUCGCAAAGUAGAAGUCGUAUGGUUAUCGAACGGACUGAGGUAAAAUCAAGUAACGACCCACGUGGAGGUUAUAUGCAAGUCGAGGUUCAUGAGAUAUCGAUGGCGAAAGAGACUCACGUCGAUGACAGUUAUCUACCUAUUUAUAGAGCACCGAUUACAGUGCAGUGUCUACCAACUCAUGGGUCUACCUUAGCACAUGCAGAAUAUGUUGAAAAUAUUGAAGAAUGGGAAAGUAUGGGGCGGCAAACACGGUCUCGCACAAACGAGGGUUUAACUGGUAGGGCUGUUGAGCGGGAGGAACGAAGGGCAAGGUCAAAGUCAGGUACAUUGCGAGAGUACAUUAGUGAUUACGAUAAGUCGGUAAGCGGUAGAAGCAGUGAAGAAAAGUACGAACGAAAAUUUGAAAGUGAGUACCGUAGUGACUCAUCUUUUGACAGUGGGAAAGCUCGAAGUGGUGGUUCACCUGACCAGCCCUAUAGGUGGGUUACUUUUGUUUCUGAACUAUUUUCCUUACUUGCUAAUUUGUAA